UAGUGGCUAGCAGGCUAACAGGCUAGCAGGCAGCUGGCUGUCGGAGGUCCUCUGAUUCUCAGCGCAGUUCCGCCUCGGUGUCACCAGCCGACGGACGCUUCGUUUCAGACUUUCCUGUCCAUCCUCCGGGAUGUCUCUCCUGGAUAAGUCCCCAGCCCCCGGCGGGCUGCUGCUGGACGACACGCAGCCGCUGACAGCGUCGAUAGAAGCGAGCCAAACGCUCCAGUCCCACACGGAGUACAUCAUCAGGGUCCAGAGGGGUGUAUCCUCAGACAACAGCUGGCAGGUGAUUCGCCGCUACAGCGACUUUGACAUCCUGAACAGCAGCUUGAUGGUCUGUGGAAUCAGUUUGCCGCUCCCUCCGAAGAAGCUGAUCGGAAACAUGGACAGAGAGUUCAUAGCAGAGAGGCAGAGGGGACUGCAGGCCUACCUGGACUUCAUUACCCAGCAUCCCCUGAUUUCUACUUCCCUGUUUGUCAAGAAGUUCCUGGACCACAACAACUACUCUGCCAACUACACAGAAAUUGCUCUGCAGCAGGUCUCCAUGUUCUUCAGGUCGGACCCAAAGUGGGAGGUUUUGGAGCCCCUCAAAGAUAUGGGCUGGAGGAUAAGGAAGAAAUAUUUUCUCAUCAAAAACAAAGAGCAGUCCAAAGAGCGCUUUCUGUUGAGCUGGGUGGAUCUGGGUCCAGAUAAAUUCCUCUCUGAAAAAGACCUGCAGUCCACCAUGAAGCUCCUGACCAACCUAUCUACCCCGUAUCUGUGUCCGCUGGUUUUCUCGAGCACCAGCGAGUCUUCGGCUCUUCUCAUCCGACCUUUCAGUGAAAAAGGCUCUCUGAGAGACCACAUCUGCAAGGUAAAACCCAGAGAGAGUCACCUGAAGAAGUACUGCAACCCCAAGAAGAGCCAGGGCCUGGAGCUGGAGCAGAUCAAACUGUACGGCCGACAGAUCCUGGAGGGCCUGAAGCUUCUCCACGACAGCGGCCUGUUCUUCGGCCAUCUGCACGCCUCGAACGUUGUGGUUGACGAGGGAGUGUGUUGGCUAGUGGACAUAGAGAACGGCGUGCUGGGAGUUCCCUCCAUCCUCAGGCCGGCUUUCACACAGCUGAGGAAGAUCAAUACCACAGAAAGCAUCGACGUGUUCUGCUUCGGACAUUUACUGUACGAGAUGACAUACGGCCGGCCGCCGGACAGCGUCCCCGUCGAUCACUUCCCAUCAGCCCCCCACUCCUCCGUGGUGUCGGUUUUGCAGUCCAUCCUGUCCACAGAGGCCUGUAAGAGCGGGAUGCCCACAGUGCCAGCUCUCAUCCAGACUCCGCUCUUCAGUGACGUUCGGCUCAAUCACUCAGAAAAGCUACAGAUCAAGGUUCCCAGCAGGCUGAAGGAGGCACUGAAGGAGGCUAAGGGGAGUUUGGAGAAGAGGCUGCGUGAAGAGCAAAGACUGAUCCAUCAGCACCGGAGGCUGACCCGGGCUCAGUCACACUACGGCUCUGAGGAGGAGAAGAAGAGGAGGAAGAUCCUGGCGAGGAAGAAGUGCAGACAGUCGACGUACGAGAAGGAAGAGGACGUUUCAGUCAGAAACAACAACAACUCUGGUUCAGGAGCCAGUUCCCCUCCAACGUGUCCCUCCUCCCCUGCUCCCUCCUCCACCACAGGACCCCACACCACACCUCCUCCUCCGCCUCCUCCUGCUCCUCCUCCUCCUCCCGCUGUGCCCAACUCUUCCUCCAGUCCUCUACCUCCCUCCCCCUCCUCAGACGACGCCGGAGGAGGUCGGGCCGCCCUGCUCAGCUCCAUCCAGACCUUCAGCAAAGGCAAGCUGAAGAAGGCCGACACCGUGGACCGCAGCACGCCCAAGUUCUGACCCGGCGCCACGGCAACCUGCCGCCUCUGCACUGUGCUCAAUACGUCCCUGUGAAAACAAAUCACUAACAGAAAAAUCCAAGUACUUUUUAUUUCUUUCUGCUUCUUUUAACUUUUUUUUUACCUGUUGCUGUGAGAAUUGGACGGGUCAGAACCGGACUCCCAUCCAUCCGCCUACAGACGUUCUGGACAAUCCUCAGCUUCUUUUUCCCCUCCGGUGUCGGUAGGUGAGGCGUUCCCUCCAGGUGGCGGCUGGACUUUCUGGCAGGUCAAAGUUUCUGCUGCUGGGUUUAUGAUUGUACCGAGGUUGAAUUCCCUGGAUCGGAACUUUAAUGUCCUGUAGUUUUCCAUACUGUUGGGUUCUUGUUGGUGGAGCGGCUCGGAGCUGAGACUGUUUAAAAAAGAUGUUGUUUUUUCGUAUUUUCAAAGAGAAACAUAGGCCUUGAUCUGCUUCACGUUUUGAAGCUUCAGAAGGGUUUUCACUCUUUCCAGCACCGUCUGGGUAUGUUUUCUCUGUUCCUUUGGCUUUGAAAUGCAUGAAGAAAGGAAGUGAGAGAAAGGAAGGAGAUGUUACUCCCUGUCUGUUUUGAAGGCUUUGCAUUUGAUGCCCACCAGGUGCAGAAAUAUCCUCCAGAAAUUCACAGAAAACUUCUUUUUAAUCUUUGAAAAUUUAUAUUUUUCCAGUUUGGGAUUAUGAAACUGUCACAAUCAGAUUAGAACCAUUUAUUUUUACAUUCAGUUUCAAAUCUACUUGAUAAUUUUGCACCUUAAAGAAAAAUGAAAUUUUUUUCCCCCCACAUAAUAUCCCAAAAAGGUGAGCAGGUACAAUCUAAAGGUAUUUAAUUAAAAUUAUAUGACUUGAGCAAUCAGAGCCGCUUUAUUUAGACGUCAUUUGAUUAACAUUUCUUAAUCAAAUUUGUGUUGGGACAUUUCCAAACCUUUUCCAGCUAAAGCUGGAUUAAAAUGAUGGAGACGGUCAUUUAAGAAAGGAGAUAUUUAAACUACAGGCAGCUGAUUUCCUCUGAACGGACUGAGAGCAAAAUCAACGGUCCAGUUCUGAAGCCUCCCCACAUCUGGACCAAACACAGCAGGGAUUGUCUAAACCCUCAGCUGUGUCUGUCAGGCACCA